AGCCAGAGCCAUGCAGUUCUCCAGCUCAGCCAGAGCAGCAGACGAGAACGUGGACUAUUUGUUCAAGGUCAUCCUCAUCGGAGAUUCCAAUGUGGGGAAGACGUGUGUGGUGCAGCAUUUCAAGUCUGGAGUCUACAUCGAGUCCCAGCAGAAUACCAUCGGGGUGGACUUCACGGUGCGCUCCCUCGACAUAGACGGCAAGAGAGUAAAGAUGCAGGUGUGGGACACCGCGGGCCAGGAGCGCUUCCGUACCAUCACCCAAAGCUACUACCGGAGUGCCCACGCAGCUAUCAUCGCCUACGACCUCACGCGGCGGUCCACGUUCGAGUCUGUCCCUCACUGGAUUCAUGAGAUAGAGAAGUAUGGAGCGGCUAACCUGGUCAUCAUGCUGAUCGGAAACAAAUCGGACCUGUGGGCGAAGCGGCACGUCCUAUUUGAGGAUGCCUGCACACUGGCGGAGAAGUAUGGCCUCCUGGCUGUCUUGGAGACAUCUGCCAAGGAGUCCCGGAACAUAGAUGAAGUCUUCGUGCUCAUGGCGAAGGAGUUAAUUGCCCGCAACAGCCUGCACCUGUACGGGGAGCCCAUCCAGCAAGGUCUCUCCCAGGAUUCCAGCCCAAUAUUUGUGGCCCAGGGCCCCAGCGAGAACACCCGCUGUAGUUGCUGAACAUGUGUGGGAGGCCAGCGUCUCCAGGCCGAGCCCUCCUCCUGGCAGACUCUGAGGAAAGGGGACGCCGCUGUCCUCAUGGACUCCUGGGGAAAUAAGGACUCAGGCCCUGGGGGGAAAGGGUUAGGAUGGACUUUCCCCGUCCUGGUCUCUGUCUCCCAACACCCCAACUGUUUUAUAGUGGAGUCUGCUUCUCUGUUGUACAAAGACAGCCGUGAGAGGAAGGAGAGAGCAGCAAUAUGCAGAGAGGAUACUGGAACGUUCUAGAUUUGGAAACAGCCCAGGACGGGGUAGGGGAAGGCCUAUAAUGAAAAGCCAGACUGCUUCCUGGCAGCCACAGCCUGGUCUUCUUCCCGGGGAGCAAGGGCUGUUGGCUCAAGGCCAGAAAUGCCAUCUUGCCAAAGGGUCAGGAACCAGGAGGCAGAUGGAACUGGCUCCACCCCGUCCAUGUGUUUGACCAUGGGUGUGUGUGUGUGGAAGAGAUGCUUACCCUGAGUUCCUAAAACAUUAAAUUAUCUACUACACAGAAGUCAGUGCUGCAUUGAAAUUAAAUAGUCUCCAGACAGUGGUGGCGCACGCC